AUGAAGGACAAACCAUUCACCACAAGGAGUAUUCUGUUAUCCAUAAGAUCUAAUUACAAUCUUCUUUGUUUAGUAUCCACAAUACUGAUAACUGGAAAGAAGAUAUUACAGGAGCUGAUUAAGGACAGUAAGGAUUGUGAUGAUUUUAUUCCAGAUGUCAUCAAAUUUAGAUGGGAGAAGUGGCAAAUGGAAUUACUACUGCAGAAGCUAACAAUCCCAAGAUGUUAUAUGUCAAAGGACUUUAGUACACAAAAGAGCGCUGAAAUGCAUCACUUUUCAGAUGCAAGCCAAUAUGACUAUGACCAGUGUAGCUAUCUACGAUUGAUAGAAAAUGCGCCUUAG